AUGGAGGAAAUAACUGAACUUGGUGAGAUCAUCAUUAAAGAUACUAAAAAAUCAAAAGCAGGCGAUACAAACAUUCAAAACGACGUAAAAACAGGAUCAGAGCAGACGGACGCACUUCUAUCUACCAUUUCAACAUCCAAAGGAACUGCCACAAUACCCCCACCGAUGUCUUUGGCAGAACAACUUCAGAUUCAAAGAGCUUCCACUACUGCCGACAAUGGCCUUAUCAGAUCUCUCUUCGACGACUCCUCGAUGUUAGAUUUACUUCAAGAUUCAGCUUCUCGUCGUAAGUCGGCAGUAUCCGCGUCCAAUGCAUUAUCAUCCCUUCAGACAAAUUUCCUGUUACGGGACCAAGCAGCAGUGUCUAGUUUUGUACAGUCGAGGCAAAGCGGGUCUUCAGGAUCUGCCGAGGACAGCUCCGCUCAAGAGUCGGACACUGACGGUCAUCUGCUUGCGAAAGCACUAGGAUUAAAACCUUUGAGAACAGGUGGAACAAGAAAUGAUAGAUUCGAAUUAGACGAAGAUUCAAAAGAUCUUUCUAGCGCCACCGGAACCCGUGUGAGUCAGUUCGGAUUAUCGCCACCGGACAGGAACGCCCAAGACCGAUUAUCUGAGUUUGUUGCCGAGGAUAGCUCCGUUCAAGAGUCGGACAUUGACGGUCAUCUGCUUGCGAAAGCACUAGGAUUAAAACCUUUGAGAACAGGUGGAACAAGAAACGAUAGAUUCGAAUUAGAUGAAGAUUCAAAAGUUCGUUCUAGUGCCACUGGAACACGUGUGAGCCAAUUCGGAUUAUCACCACCGGACAGGAACGCCCAAGACCGAUUAUCUGAGUUUGUUGAAGGUUUAAGUCCUGCUGAGUUAGAUGCCAUGUUAGCGACAGAUGACCUGACCAACUUUAUUAACCUUGAUAUUUUUCCGGGAGCUCAAGGAAUACCCGUUGAUACAUUUGAGGGGCCGCCUACACCUUUAGAGGACACCAUGUUCAAUAGUGAUUCAUUAUUUGAUAUAGAAGAUAUGCUUUCUGACUUCGGUAUCACUGUUCCACAACAGGAUGAGUUAUCAUUAAUACAAAAUGCAAACCAAUUUGGCAGUGAAAUGCAGACGUCUUCUUCCAUUCCUGUGUCUAGUAGCAAAUCGACGGCUACUCAAUCCAACGGAAGAGGUGCUAUGUCACAAAUACAAGCAGGUCGGGUGCCGUCUGGGUUUCAACAGUCGUCAACUUUCGUUUCGUCAAAUCGAGAUUCUGUCCGACAAGAUACGUCUAGGUCAUCGUCUCAGGAACCAAUUAAUGGCCGAUCUCUGGGCCGUCAGUUCGGGUCCACAGACAUUCCGUCAUCAGCUGGGUCACUAUCAAGUCUGGGACAGAAUGGUCAGGCCUUGCCUUCCUCGUCGCCAACACUGUCAGAUAUCAUAUCCUUUAUAUUUAAUGAUGAAUCAGCGACGCAGGGGAAAGGGAAUGGUGCUUUUGGAUCAAACGCAAAUGCCAUGGAACAGACGGCUAGCGAAUUCCAGUCGACAUUACAGGGACGGGGAACAAAUACGUUCGGGUCACGAUCCCAAGAAAAGGGUCAAGGAGCUUUCAUAUCAACAUCACAACGAAAAGGGACAAGCGAGUUCCAGUCAGCGUCCUCAAGAGAUAGAAGUAGUAUAUCAGGGUCAAAAGUACAAGGGACUGCGGCGUUAAAAUCUAAUGGACAGAAUGGGGGCGCUUUCGUGGCACGGUCUCUCGGACAGAGGACUGGUGCAUUCGAGUCAGCAGCCUUGGGACAGGGGACUAGUGCAUUCGAGUCAGCGUCAUUAGGAGACGGAAAUAGUGCUUUCGAAUCGGCGUCCUUGGGAGACGGGACCGGCGCAUUCGGGUCGGCGUCCUUGGGAGACGGGACCGGCGCAUUCGGGUCGGCGUCCUUGGGAGCCGGGACCGGCGCAUUCGGAUCGGCGUCCUUGGGAGACGGGACCGACGCAUUCGGUUCGGCGUCUGUAGGACAGGGGGCUGGUGCUAUUGAGUUACAAGGAAAUAGCCUAUGGCAAGCAAUUAGUCGGAGAGGUCAUGAUUUAUCGAUAGAUAGAGAUAUAACAAAUGUGUUGACUUACCUAGAGAAUAGAAACAGUUUCAUUAAUGGAAAAGGCCAGGAUACGAGCCUCCUCAGUACAUUGGGAAAAUCCGAUGCACAAACCUCUUUAAGUGCCUUGGUAUCUCGAAACAAUGCUAAUAUCGAUUCUUUCAUUGACAGUUUGCUGGAAACAGGUAAUAAUUUAGACCUAAUAAGUGAACUUUUCGAAGACCAGGACACAAAUGAUGACAAUACAUUAAUGUUUCGUAGUAAUAGUGAACAGGACUCGAACGAUUCCAGUGAUGAGAAUGAUGACGAUUCUGCAGAACAAAAUUCUAGUGAAACAAAACUAGAUACACAAAACUCAAGCGAAUCUAAGGACGAUGAUUCAGGUGAAGACAAUGACGAUGAUUCAGGUGAGGGCAAUGAUGAUAAUUCGACAGGAAACGAAUCGAGUGAAAAUAACUCCAGUCAACAAAAUUCGGAUGAUUCUACAGAAAACAGUUCGAGACAAGAUGAUUCAGAUGGCGAAGACUCAAAUGAAACAGACUCUUUCAACUUUAGCUCGAGUCAACUUGAUUUUAGUGAUCUCGACUUAGAUUACUUAGAUGACGGAGAUAUUGAUGAGUUAUUUAAACUACUUGAUGUUUGA